AUGGAAGCAUUUCUUAAUUGUUAAAUUGGUUUCUCAACACAUAAAUAUUAUUUCAUCCUACAUGACUCUGUGUUGCUUUAUUGUAAAAACAAAGGAAAUCGUGUGAUUGGAUAAAUUCAUUUAUCUAUUGCUAAAGUAGAUAAGAGAGAAUGUUAAAUCAAUAUUACUACAGGGAUUGAAAAAAUUAUUUUAUUAUUUGAAAAUAACUUUGAAAAAGAUGUUUGGUUUGAUUGCAUCUAAAAGUAGAACCAAAAAUUGCAUUUAGAAGAUGAAUUAGAAAAAAUAAGAUCAUUACAAUAUCAAUUCGAAAGCACUCUAAAAUUUGUGAAUAAAACUAUUGAAAUUAAUCCAAAUUUAAAUUCAUAUUCUGAAAGAUUGUAAUCAUAUGGAUCAGUUUUCAUAGGUAUUAUAAAUAUUGUUAUUUAGAUAAAUUGAGUGAAAUAGUAGAUCUUCUUUAUUAAUCAGCUUAACCUGAAUUUUAAAGUUGUCAAUCAAUUAAUUCAAUUCAUACUUAAAGUUUGAAACCAGCACCACUUAUUAAGAAAUCACAGAAAAUUAAAUAAUAAUAGUACAAUCUCUGGGGUAAUAUUAAAAAUCAAAUUCUAAAUAAUAAUAUCUAUUAAAUGAAAUUACCAAGUAUUGCUUUAUAUAUAUAUCAUAAGUCUAUUUACAUCAACCAACAACUAUGUUGUAAUAGGUGGCUACAUAAAUGAAAUAUAUAUCAAUAUUAGAUAGAGCAAGUUCAAUAAGAGAUCCAGAAUUUAAAAUUGCUUUAAUCUUUGGAUUUCUUAUAUCUCAAUAUUCUGCUAUUCCUAAAUUAUUGCCAUUACUUUCUAAGAUUAAUGAAACAUUUGAAAUAGUUGAUACUUAUAAGUAUUUGUCUCAAUAAAUUAAUGAAAAUACUAUAGCUUUUUAUGCUACAUCACCAAGUCUUGAUUAUAAUGGUUAAAUUGAAUACAAAUUCUCAUUUGAUAAUUUAAUCUUAGAAAUCUAUUUGUUUAAGUCAUUAUUUAUUUCUUUUAAAAAAAAUUUAGAUGCUUAUAAGAUUUAUUCAACUAAUCACCUUAUUUCAAUUAAAAAUUUAGUAUCUCAAAAACCAGAAAUUGUUGUUGAUGGCAAUUUUAUUAUUGAUUUUAAAGGAAACAAAUAUGAAAUUGAAAUUAGAUCUAAUUAAAUUAAAGCUCUUGUUGGAUAAUUCUCCAUCUCUGGAACUAUAAAUAAAGUAUUAAUUGAUUGUCAAAAGAUUUAAAGCUAAUAGCGAAUAAUUUUUAUAAUGAAGAAUUGAUCUUAUUUUAAAAAGAUGAAAAAGAAUUUGAAUUUAAUAAACAUACCUCUUUAUUGCCUCCAUCAGAUAGUAGAUUUCGUACAGAUCUUAUUUCUAUGCUUGAAGGUAUUUUAUCUUAUUUUACAAGGUAAUUACUAUGAAGCUCAAUAAGAAAAGGAUAAAAUGCUUUUUGAAGGAGAGUUCUUAUAAUCUUGGUUUAAUUAAGUUUAAUUAGAUUAAAUUACGUAUUACUUUAAUAAUUUAUAAUAAGAAAUCCCUCAGAAAAGAAAUAUGAUUACAAAGGAGGGUACUUUACUUAAUCCAAUUAAUGA